CACCAAACAGUGCAGGAUGAGGACUGGUAUGUCUUCGUGGGCCGCCCACACGGAUGAUUUCCGACUCUCCCUCCUGCCCAGCUCCAACCCCAGCUCUGAGCCCUCCAGCCCGGACAGAAAGUAGCGCUUCAAGAGCGCCUCGAACCAAUCCCUCUUGUCCAGCUCCAACCUGGACAGCGCCCUCGCUUCCCAGGCGCCCACGGCGAACCACUGGCUGUCCCAGCCCUACGCGACCACAGACCCAAACCAACCUCCUCCCAUCAAGGCUCCUCCCGCCACGUCAAACAAGAUGCAUCAAACAUCUUCGCGCUUGUUGCGCAUGACGGACGAUGACCGGCCUUUCACAAGGGCAUGUACCAUGGUUCUACAAUACUUACAUCUGCCUCGCCGUUUUUUGUGCGCCGAUGGCUCUGCGGCCUUCUGCGCGGGCAUGAGACGCCACCGUCUUAAACGCAGCUCCCGUACCCGUUCUCUUCUGAGCGAUGGCUG